GGUCUACACAAUCUCCCCCCCUUCUCCUCCUCCAUCCCCCACCUCGCCCCCAACCCAAUGUCUCCCAUUUUUUCCCGCUCACCUCUAACCCUGCUCGCUCUCCUCCUCGCCCUCCCACCCCUCGCUGCCUCCUCCUCCUCCUUCCCGCUUCCCACCAUCGCCAUCGCCGCCGCCAGCACCAACACCGCCUCCCCACACCACCUCGCCUGCGGCCUCGUGUCCAACGGCACAGGCUACCAGCUCUCCUGCGCCAGCGUCACCAACCGCUCCGCUAGCCCCCGCAAGUACGGGUAUGGCGGCGGCAGUACCACGCCCUUCUCCGCCCUCGUCGCCGGUGAUGGGUACCUCUGCUCCGUCGACCCGAUCUCCUCGCCGCCCGUGUCCAUGCGCUGGUGGGACUUGAACGACGGCGAGGAACCGUCCAAGAGGGUGUACAGGGGCGAGGCGCUGUCUGCGGUGGCCGGCGGCGGGGAGUACGUGUGCGGACUAGUGGAGAAGAGGAUAAAGUGCUGGAGGUGGGAAUGGGGGGCCGUGCCGGAAGAGGUGGGGUUCUCGGCGCUGGCGGUGGGCGGCGGGUUCGUCUGCGGGCUGGUGGCCGGGACAGGGGAGCUGAAGUGCUAUGGCAAUGGGGACGCGGUGGGGCGGGAGCCGAGGGGCAGGUACAUGUUGCUCGCCGCCGGUGAGAGGCACGCCUGCGCGGUGGACCACAGAGGCAUGCUGGGGUGCUGGGGAGAGGCGGCCGCUGUUGCGGCCGCGGCGCCGCCGAAGCUGAUUCGCGCUGUGUCCACGGUGGCGGUGGGCGACGCUCUCACGUGCGUGCUGUGGGGGAACUGGACGGUCUCCUGCUGGCCGGAGGAGGAUGCGGCUGUGCCGCCGGAGAUAUCGCAGGAGCAGUUCGUCGCUCUGGAAGCGAGGGGGAAGGUGGUGUGCGGGGUGCUCAUGUCCGACUACUCGCUGGUGUGCUGGGGCGGAGAUGUUGCCGGCGGGGUGAGGAAGGUGUUCGACAAGGUCCUGCCGGGGCCGUGCGCGCCGGCAAGGUCGUGCCCGUGCGGCGUCUGGUCAGGCUCCGCGAUGCUCUGUGACAGCGGUGGCGCGGCCAUCUGCUACCCCUGCGGCUACACUCCUCCCAUGAAUGCGCAGGCGCCUACGUCCAACCCGCGGGCGUCGACCUCUCACACGAGGAAGAAGCGGCGGCCGAGCGAUCUUGUGAUCGCAAUGAUAAGCUUUGGAGCUGGUUCAGGACUCGUGGUCCUCGUCGGCGCGCUCUUGGUCGCUUACUGCCUGCGCCGGCGCAGCCGCAGCCGCAGCAGCUGCUCCCAUGACUCCGGGCGCAUCCACGCCGAGCCGAUGACAACUCCGGUGCCGCGCGUGCCGCGGCGGCUCAGCAUGCUGCUCUCCAAGGGCCCGAACACGACGGUGGAGCAGUUCCCCCUGGCAGCGCUCCGGGCCGCCACGGACGUCUUCUCGCCGUCCCACCGCAUCGGCUCCGGCAGCUUCGGCGCCGUCUACCGCGCGUCCCUCCCCGACGGCCGCGAGGUCGCCAUCAAGCGCGCGGAGCGGCGUGACUCGGGCGCCUCAUCCUCCGCCGCCGCUGCGGCGGCGCGUCGCGUCAACCACGAGUCGGCCUUCGUCUCAGAGCUCUCGCUGCUCUCCCGCCUGAACCACAAGAACCUUGUCCGGCUGCUGGGAUUCUGCGCCGACGGCGGCGAGCACAUCCUGGUGUACGAGUUCAUGCACAACGGCACCCUCCACGACCACCUCCACAAGCGCCCCGCCCCGCUCUCGCCGCCGCUCGCCUCCUGGCCGUCCCGCCUCCGCCUCGCCCUCGGCGCGGCGCGCGGCAUCGAGUACCUGCACACCUACGCCGUGCCGCCCAUCAUCCACCGCGACAUCAAGUCGUCCAACAUCCUCCUCGACGCCUCCUGGUCCGCCAAGGUGUCCGACUUCGGCCUCUCGCUGCUCAAGAACCUGGGCACCGGAGACAAUGCCGGCGGCGAGGAGCCGUGCGUGACGGCCGGGACGGUGGGGUACAUGGACCCGGAGUACUACCGGCUGCAGCACCUGACGGACAAGAGCGACGUGUACAGCUUCGGGGUGCUGCUGCUGGAGCUGCUGUCCGGGUGCAAGGUGAUACAGAGGUACGAGGGGAGCGGCACGCCGAGGAACGUGGUGGACAUGGCCGUGCCGUACAUCGAGUCGGACCGCGUGCACCGGGUGCUCGACAUCCGACUUCCGCUGCCGACGCCGGGGGAGAUGGAGGCCGUCGCCUACGUCGGGUACCUGGCCGCGGACUGCGUCCGGCUGCCCGGGCGCGAGCGGCCCUCCAUGAGCGAGGUGGUCGGCGUGCUCGAGCGGGCCGUUGCGGCAUGCGAGGAGCACGAGGAUAGCCCGGACGGCGGCGAGGCGGCCCUGUCGCGGUCGUGCACCGAUGGGUCCACCACCAUGUGACGUGGCAUGCAUGGCAUGCCAUCAGGCAUUGCAUGGCUCGUCCCUCGCCUCCCCCGGUGGCAAGAACACAUGGAGUUUCUUGAGGUUUUGUUUGUUUGUUUACUUUUCUCUAUUCUCUUUGUAGUUAUAUGCGUGUAGAGUAGAUCAUUUAGUGAAAACAUUUUUGCUUUGCCUAAUUGGAUGGCAAGAAAAGAAAUGUAUAUAUUCCUAUGUUGUCUGAGAAUUUGCUACUACUAUUUUGGAGCUCCAAGUGUUAUUAAAUAGCUAUACGUGCAAUGUCAGCGUUUCGCAUCAGUACCCGAGUGAACAGUAAACUCACAAUAAUAUCGACCAGAUUCAAAAAAUU